AUGACAUCUAUAACAGGUAAAUAUUUAAAAUAAAACUUUUGAAUUACAUAUUAUUUUUCAGGACCUCUUCCAGAAAAUUUGUAAUUAUGAUAUUUUAUAUUGUAAAUUUUGGAUUUCCAUUAAAAAAAAAAUUUAUCCAUGAGUAAUCGGUGCUAAAGUAAAUUACGGUUACCUGUAUAUCGUACGCAUAUUUAGUAUAAAAUAUAUAUACGCAUGUAUAAAGGUAUCUAUAAUAUACAUUAUAGCGCCAUAGUGGCGAUUGAAAGUAUUUUAGAAUUGAAAAAAUAUGCGGAGAUAAGUAGGGUAUAUAAUAUACAUAAUAUAUAUAUAGUAUCAGUUUCUGAGUGUCCGAUUUCAUAAUACCUAUACCUAUACAAAAUAAGUGUUAUAACCACACGUGGUUAAUAAAAUUGAAUCGCCUAUAAUGCUUAUACCCUAAUCGAAUAUUAUUUGAGGUGAUUUUCAUAAGUAUCUAGUAGGUACAUUGUUAUAAAAAUGUAUAAACUUAAAUUUUGACACGAGGUAUAAAUGAAAAAAAAAAAAUUUGUUAUAUUAUAUAAUGUUGAUUUACUAUUAAUAAUAAUAAUAAUAAAUAUAAUAAAUACUUGUGAUAUAAAAUAUUAUGCCACAAGUUCGUGCGUACAUAAAAAAUAUAGAGAUUGUGUAUAGAGAUUUUUUUUUUUUGUGGGGGGGUGGCUGACGGUUUUUUUUGGAAAUACCAUUACACAAAACCCACCCUAUCAGUUUAUUUAAAACGACCAUUUUCUAAACAUUUUGGGAUGGAGUGUGGGUACAGCCCCUUAAGUUACCCCCUAAAAACUCCCCUGUUAUGAUAUAUGGAUAAACAGUUGUAAGUAUAGUAUAUAAGAGAAAGUGCCUAAAACGAAACAUCCUGUAUAUUAUUAUUCUAUGAUCUGAAAUCAUAUUAUUAGAACUUGUUUUUAACGAAUGUACGGUAAACCAUGUAAUACUGCAUUUUGAGUUUAAGUUUUUUUUUUGUUCUUAUUAAAAACAAAGUAUACAAUUUUUAACUUUUUUUAUUGAUUAGGUAUGCCUGUUUGUUAGAGGUCAUUGACUUCCGUUAUUGCGGUAUUUUCUUUACUGAGGUAUAUAUUUUAUCGUACAUUUAUACUUACAUUUUUAUCGGUUUUAUUUGUGUGUAUAUCACGUAAGUAUUGAUUUUUUUUAAAAUAUUAUAUGCAUAAUAGUUAUUUAUCUACGUGUAAAUUUUAGCGUCAGUCGCAUUAUUAUUUACGAAAUUAGUUACAUUAGUCCUAUAAUACUACAUACCAUAACUAAUAAGGGUAUUAAGAGCCUACAAAAUAUGUUUACGUAUAUUAAUAUUACCUAAAUAGAAAUAGGUUUUUUGACAACAGGUAUAGUUUGAUUUCCCUCAAACGUACCCAUGGAGUUUAAUGGAUAAUUAUUAGGUACUUACUAGACUAUAAUACAUAACUGCAUCGUUUAAAUUUUAAGUUCAAAAUUUUUUAUUUUAUUUUUAUGAUUUCUUAUUAAUAAUUAUCUAGGAUUUUUCUUUGUCCGUGCUAUCUAUUAAUAAAUCAUUAUAUUAGCUAUUAGGUAUAAUACCUAUAUCUGCGAUAUUUGUAUUAUUUCUUAUACGGCUCACGUACACUUGGUCUGGGCAUUCUCUUUAUCUUUGUUCCUGUGUAACCAGGUGAUUGUACGAUUACACGUAGCUAUUUGUGUAUUUUUUUUUAUAUUUUUCAAUUUUUCAUUUUUUAUUUGACCUGCCGGUUUUAGUAUAAGACGUAUCUAUAUAUCUUUGGCGCUAAGGAAGAAGAGCUUAAGUCAAUAUUUUGCAUAGUUUUUAAUACAAGCAAAUUACAUUUUGAAAAAAAUAUACUUAUGUAAGCAGGAAAUUCAAUUCACAAUUUAGAAAUAUUAGUAUUAAGUUAAUAGGUACUAUUUACUACUUUAUUUCAUAAAGUUCUUAAUUUAUUAUAAAUAGUUUACUUUGUACAAUAUUUUAUAAUCUUAACUUUAUUUUAUUAUUUACUAGCUGUCCCACCCGAAGUUGUCCGUGUCAAAUAAUGUACGAGUAAUUUCGGAGAUUACAUUAAAAUGGCACUUUGUUUUUUAUCUAUUAUAUUCCUUUUCUAAUCUUGCUUUCCGUUCCUCCUAAUGCCUUUUUCUUUUAUACUUCCAGAUAUAGAUCGACUAAUCGAUUUACAUAUGAACUGUCGACAAUGCAGUAUUCAAAAAAGAAGAUAAGUAUGCUUUAUGUAAUAUGUCUUAUGCAUGUUUAUAGAUAUGUCUUAUAAUAUCGUACGUUUUACUUAUGUCUUAUAUCACCCAUGAACUAAAGUAUACACAAUAAUGAUUUUUUCGUCGGCAAUACAAAUUAAACACUUUCUUUGCAAUCACGACCAAAAAGCUAUCCUAAGAUAAUGAAGACGGUUGCAGCCGCUGCUAUAGGUAGAUAGUUGCAAAUGCGGGAUACAUAAAGUUAUUUAAUCUAUAGCUGUAAGCAACGAUAAAUAAUUGCUAAUGAAAAACGAUUUGGAGCGAAGUUCGGUUGUACAUGUUUUGAAAGGCCGCCAUAUUUACGAUUUUCGUCAAAAUUUGAUUUUUAAACUCUUAUAGAAACAAAAAACAAAUACUACAUUACAUUCAAUUUUUGUUUUGAUCAAAGACAUUUUCAACUACAUUACAACCAAAAACCAAUACCUUGCUCAACUAUUAAGUUUCAUCAACUAUUCAUUUUAAUUAUUCGGUUUUUCCCAAUUAUUAGGAAAUUUACUUUGGAUAUUAAAAAACGACAUAAUCUGCCAGCUUAAAAACAUUAAACGGAACAAAAUCGAUUAUUUUUGGAUUAGAGCUAUAUUUCUAAUAAAUUAUAUCGUGUAGGCACAACCAAAUAAAAACUAAAACAAUUUUCAAAUUUCAAAUUAUUCAUAUUAUAUCACCAAAAUGUUGUAUGUAUGUAUUAUUAUGUAUCUAUAUGUGUUUAUUCCAGUAAAGCUUUUAAAUAUUCGAAUAGUUUUGUGUGUGUGUGUAGUAUCAUUAGAACCGAUACAUUUUUUGAGUGACAGAAAGGCUAGGUGACGUUUUAAACAAGUUAAUGAGGUAGAUAGCCGAAAAUAAUCAAAAGCAUAUAUAUUUACGACUUUAAUACUAAGUCGGAUCUUCUUAAGUCGGUAAAAAUUGGGAUCUCAGUGUUUGACACUUCCCCUCCCCCCAAUGGUUGUACCACUGUGAGAUGUAUAGUAGGGAUGAGAUAGUGGAACCACUAGUCUAUUUAGAAAAAUAUUAUGAAUACACUAUAAAAUAAAUAUUCUAUUAUUAUUUAAAAUUGUGUGGAAACUUUGUCAGUAGUAAAUUAAUUCAAAAUAUGAAAUAUCUCAUUAAUAAAUGUUAUUAUUUAGAUAAGACUAUAAUAUUAGUCUAAUAAAAUAAAAAUAAAAAUACACUACAAAUAAUACCUACCGCAAUACACAUACACGCGUUUUUGUGAUGUUUGUAAAAGCUUAUUAACAUUUUUUCUUGACUCUUAUAGUUAAGAAUGAAUAGUUAGGUAAAUUUCAAGGUUUAUUUUCUUUGUUCGAUUUUUACUCGGUUCAUUAUUAUCUCUACCUACUUUUAAUGGCUAUUUUUAACAUUUACAUUUUUGUCUGCAGACUGCAGAGAAACAUUUUCAAGAAUUAUUGCGACUCUUUAUCUAUAGAUAUAUUAUACUAUUAUAUUAUAUUAUAUUAUUACAGUAGCGUGCACAUAGUUCUUCGCAAACAUUGUGUAAUGCAUGUGCCAAGCAAGUCACAUGUAUGAGUUUUGGAUAAAGCGCAUUUAUACAAUCACCAGCUUUUUUCAUAUAAGGUGCAGUAUCUAAGAUAAAUAGCAAAACAUCGUUAUGUUUUACACCAUUUUCCCACAAAAUAUGCAAAGCAUUAUCGAAUAGCUGGAAUAUUAUACUAUGGUUAACUUUAUCCAAGUAUUCUAUGUGAAUAACGAACAUAUUACUUGGAUUUUGUAGUUGUAAUGUGCCCACUAUUAUAUUUGUAACAUUAAGGCGUGCCGAGUCCGAAGUUUCGUCAAUAGAUACCCAUAUUUUCUGAUCAAUUAUUGUAUCACAAAUUUUUGCCAAUGCAUUUUCAUUGCAUGAAUUGAAAUAUCCUUUAUGUAAUAUCUAUUCGUUUAAUACAUUUAACAAUCAAGCUGAUAACGAAAACAAUAAAAAUCCAAUAUAACCAUGUAGUCCGUAUUCCAGGUUUUCACAUUUCUUAUUAAUUAAAUUCAAUUUUUUUUUUAUUACUGUAGCAUAAUAAACAUAUACAAUUUCUAUAGUAGGAAUAAUUGAAAAAAGCAAUAACAAGUAAAAAAAAAAAGAGCAAAACUAAAUUGGUUUAUUUGGAAUCAGAAUGACGUGAAACGAAUUUAUGUAUACAAAUUAGAUUUAUAUUUCAUUUAUAAAAAAACAAGUAUUUGCUUUAAAAUCCGAGCCCUUGUUAUCAAUAUUACAUGUUAUACAAACAUCUUGUCAACGAUACCAUAGCUAUUAAACCAGAAUUAUGUUUUAUCCGUCAGUGUAGAAGCUACACAAACUUUUUUAUAUACUUUUAUCUAACUGUCCUUAUAAGAUAAAUAAUAUUGAAUAUUUAUAAUACAUUAUCGAGUUGAUUGCGUUUCAGGGGUUAUCUUAAAUUGUCUAUCUUCUAGAUUGAAAUAUUAUUGAGGUUAUCAUUUUAUUAUGUUUAGAUGUUAUUAUAAUUGGAAUAAUAAAAAAAAAAAAUCACUUUUUUACAUAAGUUCCGUAAUUCGAUUGUUUUUCAUCAUAAAAUUGUAUAGGUAGGUUAGGUUAUUUAUUUACUUAAUUAGGUUAUUAUGUUAAGUAUAUAUAUAUAUAUAUAUAUAACAUAUGUAUAAUAAUAAAAGAUUAUAGCAACGUUUAUAAUGUUGCAAAACUUAUGCGUAAAACAAGAUUAGUUGGUAAAUCAAAGGAGAUGCGUACAAUGAAAAAUAUUCCAGUAAUAAUAAGUUUCUCUAUGAUAGCUUUUAAAUAGUAAAUUGGCCCUGAGUUCUUGGACAAAAUUGCCAUAAGUACAUAUUAGAAAGUACCUACGUAUUACAAAAUAUUAAAAUAAUAUUUUAUAAUAAUAUAUACAUUGUACAUAGGUACACCGUGAUUUAUUGUACUAUACAAGUUACAUAUGUUUUUAUAUUGACUAUACAAUUUUAUAGUUCGUGAUAAGAUAGGUAGGUACCUACUAUGUGAAUGGUACGUCUUCAGUCAGUCCCUUUCGAAAAAUGUAAAUAAUUAAUUUAGAGUAACCAAAUGAAAAAUUUUUGCUUAAAAAAUAUUUUACUUAAACUCUCGAGAAUUUUAUAGUUUAGAUUCUGAGUGGAGCGAAAAAGCUUAUGGUUUUACAAAGAUGUUUAUUCAUUUAUUUAUUUUUUUUUAUCUAUGCGUAACUUUUCUACCAAAAAUCUUGUUCCGAUUUUUAAGUGUAGCACUUUUUCUAAAAGGGAAUCUGACUAGAAAAGUACUUUAAAGAAGUCAUUUUUCGAUUUUCCCAAGAGUUUUCUGAGCAAACGUGAAAAACAGGUAUACAUUAAACCACCUAUACAAUGGCUGCGCCCAUCCCCAUUAUCGUAGGAUAGCUUUUUGUACGUUUUUUGCUAUACGUGGUAUUCAAUAUAACGUAAGAUACUGUAAUUAUCCCGGAAAGUAUAACGGUUUCAAGCAGCUUUGAAAUGUUGCAUUAUCAUUAAUUUUUUAUAUUAAAUUAGUAAAUUUACUAGUAUAGUAUUGCCCUUGACAGCUAAAUAUAUCAAUAUAAAUCCAAUUCAUGUAUAGGUUCUGUGACAACUUUAUUGAAUCGGUUAUUUGUAUUUUUUAUUCGUCAAACCAAGGGAAAUCAGAAAAACUAAUUCGUGUUCAAAGUUCAAAAUUCGAGUAUGAGUUUGAAUUUGGAAUUCGUACUUAUGUAUAAAAAUGUAUUGAAUAUCCAAAUUUCAAAUGUCCAUAUGUGUGUUUGCCUGCUUAUGAUCAAAUUUAUAUAUGUCUGCGUGCCAUGAUGGGAUGAACUAUUUCCUUAUUUUAAAUUUGUACUUCUUAUGUUUUCUACCAUAAAUAUUGCUCUAAUAGAUAAACAACAAAAAACUUUUUUGUUGGAUUUUUUAAUCUAAUUUAUGAGUAAUUUAUUUUUUUAUUUGAUUUUUCUGGUAGUUGUAAUGAUAACUAAAAAACCGAUAAAUACCUAGAAAUUAUGGGAAAAACAUAUACAUAUAUCGAACAUCGGCCUUUUUGUUUUAAUUGUGCAUUUUUACAACCACUAUUACUACGGUGUCUUUCAGAAAAAAUCAAUAAUUUUAACCAUUUAGACAUUCCUAAGUCUAUGUUCCUUCAUAUAUUUUGGUUAAAGAUAGUUAAAUUCUUAAGGAAAAUGCUGAUUUAAAAAGAUUUAAGCAAAUGCCAUGAAUUGAUAUACCCAUAUCAUGCAUAUAGCUGCAUAAAUUCUAGAUUUACAGGAUCAACGUACAGCCAACAUUUAUGUACUUUUCUAAUAUCAAUAAUUUUUCUAAUAUUUCUAAAAUUAAAUGAAACAUUUUUGGAAAAAAUUCAUUAGAAAUAUAUGAUAAUUAAUUUUAUAAAAUCUAUUUUACUGUUAGUUUCAUGGUUAUUAUUGUACUGUUACGUACAUGCAUUUAUAUUUCAGUUAAAGUUUAUAUAUAUGCAAACUUCAGGUGUUUUAUUUUUGUAGAGUACACUGACUUCUAUUAUAGCAUCUAUUGUAUAAUAUUACAAUUAAUAGAUUAUUUAUCGAAAUCAUUACAUUUCAAAAAUAUUAUAGUUCCAUAGAUAAUAGCAUGCUACACCGUUACACAUUACACUUAUUAUACGAGCGAAAAAGGAAAAUAACAGUAUAUUCCAAAACAUAAUAAUGAUAAGAAGAAGUUUGUAGACUGACGUAUUAUAUUUACGUGACAACAAGUGUUUUUUUGUUUUUCAUUGAACUCAUAAUUUGAACUGUUAUCGAAAUAUAGGUAUCUAUUUCGACUAGAUACUAAAUCUGAUAUUAUUAUACUUGUAUAAUAGUCAAACAUAGGUAUCUACUAAAACCGACAACAAUUUAAAUGUUGAUUAAAUAUGAAUACAUUAUAUUAUAUGAUAGUAUUAAUAUCUCCUAUUAAAAAAAAUCCAUUAAAUUAUCAGCGGUUGACAUUUCAAUUCAUAUAUAGGUACCCACCAUUACUUUUAUGUAACACCUAUGAAGGUGUAUUAUAUUAUUCGACGUUUAUGAUUAGAUACAGUAAAAAUGUGAAAUAUCUCGGAAAUAUCUAUUCCGGAUAGACAAAUUAUAUACAAUAAUACAUACUAUAAAUUAUAAUGUGAAAAAAAUAUUUAAAAUGUAUGCGAAAAUGCUUAAAUUUCAGUUUAUUUUGAAUUUUUACAAAAAAUAAUAAUAAUAAGAAAUACAAAAUUAGAUUUGAAAUAAUAAAGGUUGUCGAGUCAUUUUUUAGUGAAUCUCUACUGCGUGCCUACACCCUCUUCCCUGAAAAAGUUACAUGAAUAUUGAGGAGAUAGACCAAUCCUUUAUCUUAACUUUUGGACUUUUCAUAGUUACUUGUUUCCCAACAGUGAGAGUAAAAUAAAAUAUUUUGUAAUAAAAUCUACUAAUAUUCAACCAUUUAGAAUUUGUUUUCUAGUGGACAAACAUGCAGGAAGUAAAAUCGUAUUGAACCCCCUCAUAAAUUUAGCAGCACAUCCAUAACAGACACUUAUCAAAUACAACCAAACAUUUUUUAGAUAACUCGAUAUCCAGUAAAUUUACCAAUAGAAUUUACUGUUUCCAUUUGGACUCAGAAAAUCUCCUUAAAAAAUAAUGUGACAGUGUUUCCCGAUUAAUUUAUUAUGGUCGUAUCGAACAUUUGUAUUAUGUUAUAUUUAAAAAAAUGUAUAUUAUUUUGUAGAUACAUAAUAUAGAUUAGCUACACUAUAGCUAAGUUUCUUGUAUUUUUAAUUUUUUAAAUUCUGAGUGAAGCGAAGAAGCUUAUGAUUUUACAAAGAUGUUAAUUUUUUUAUUUUUUUUCUGUGGACAACUUUAUACCAGAGACUCCAAUUUUUAAGUGUAGCACCUUUUCUGAAAGAAAAUCGGUUUGGGGAGGUAUUUUUCCAAUUUUCCGAAGAAAUUUUCUCAACAAAUGCGAAAAAUAUAAGAAAAACAGGAAAAACGUGAGAAUGGUACAAUAUUAAACAAAUAUUAUUUAUGAAAAUAUAUAAUACCUAUUUAAUUAUUUUACCAUAAUAUGACAUGUAUAUUGUUGACAAAGCAACACUGUUAACUAAAUGCCGUUCAGAAUCGUUUUUCGUUAGAAAUGGUUUUUCAUUGUUUACAGAUGUUGUUGUACAUUAAAUUCCCUUCUGUAUUCUACUUUCCCAACUUCGCACCUAUAGGAAUGACUGCACCCACCCCGAUUAUUCUAGGACAGCUUUUUGUUUUAGAUUUUGAGCAUAAAGGGAAUUUAUUAAUUUUAAUAUGUGUACCUUUCUUUUUGUUUAUGCCUGUGAGCACAUUUUCUACCAUAUAUUUUGCUCCAAUAAAAAAAUGACGAGAGAUCUUUUUUUUUAGAGUUCCAGAUUUAUUUGGAACUUUUAGGAAGUAAUUUUUUGUUUUUUUAAAGAUAUUUUUAUUCAAGGGUUUAUUAUUUACGAUUUUGUUUUUUUGCUGUCAAUAGGAUAAAAAAAUUGUGGAAAUAGGAAAUGUUCACUGAAUAUUUACAUUAGACAUUUCUAGAAAUUUUAAAAUUCUUAAAAUAAUCCUCAAAUGCCUUGAGUUAUUUAUACUUUUUAUAGGCAUUUGGCAUUUAUGAGGUUUUUUGUUUUUUAUUUAGUAGAGUAUUAUAAUAUAAAUAAAAUUGUUUGAACAAAUAGAAAUUCUUGAAAAUUUAACACGAGGUCUAUAAUAAGUUUUACUAAAAAAAGAAAAUUAAGUGUGAUGUAAUAGUUUUUUUUACAACGUUUUAAGAUUAAAUUUUUACGAAAUCCAUAAUAAUUACGGUAUUUCAAAAAAUGCAUAACUGAACCUAGCUCAAAAUCACAUUUCAUUAACAAAGAUUUAUCGUUGCUUACAGAUAUAAUUCAAGUUAUUUUAAUAGUAUCCUAGAUUUCCAACAUCUCGCCUACAAGUUAUAGGUAUUGUAAGCUACAACAGUGGCACACCCAUCAUUACCAGAAGUACCAUUAGUUUUUUUUUACGAAGUUUAAUGUACUUCGGUGCCAUGAAAUUAACAUUAUUACUUUAAAAAAUCAGAUAAUGUUUAUUGUGUUUAAUAUAAUAUCAAGUAAGAAUAGGUAUAUAUAAGUAACAUUAGGUAAUUAUUACUAGUAUUAGAAAACCUGUAAAUUUGAGGGAGUCGUUGUGCAACAAUCGAAGUAACACAAUAUUUUAAUUUUGAUAGGUUUUAUUCGAUUAAAAGAUCAAUCAUAAACCAAAGAUAAGAUAUGAAUAAUUAAUAAUCGUAGUGGUUUAAUACAAAAAUGAAAAAAAAUCUGAGAGCGUGUACCUAUUGUGUAUCCAGUAUAUAUGCAUAUGAAACGUUUAUUAUAUUAACGACAUUGAUAUAUACUAUAUUUAUAACUACGUAUUUUAAAAUAUUAUUUUUUAAAUUUUCAAUGUUUUAUUUUUUGUUUCUAUAGUAAAUUCAUUAAUGGAUUUUUCUUUUAAAGAAAGAUGGAUAUGUGUUAUGUUUCGUGAUAGAAUUUAUUUUUGUCUCUAAAAUAAGUUCAAUUUCAACAAAUUUUAAUGAAAGACAAAAUAAAGCGGAAUAACCAACAUUAAGUGUAAAACGUAGCUUUAUACGAUUGAGCUUUUAAUAUUAUAAUUGAUUUAUCAAAAAUACUAUUACUACAAAUCGUUACGCUUAGAAGAAAAAUAAAAUCUAAAAUCAAAGAAACCGUUACUGCGGUAAUCUUUGUAUUUUUCUUAAAUGUUACCCAAAUAUUAAAAACCGCAAAUAAAAUUUUAAAAAAUUACCUAAAUUUCACCAAUUAAAUCCAAAAUGUUACGAAAAAGCUCUCGUGUUGCUUUUCGACUGGUGCAAUAUUUCGAGUAGAAAAGUUUUUUACAGAAACGCACAAUUGAAAAAAAAGCACACAUCAUCGUAGUAAAAUCAAUACAUUCCUGGCUACUCUUAGAAUCAAAAAUGUUAUAUUGUACGCUCGUCAAACAGAAAAGCGCUUGCUGAUUUCAGUUUAACAUAUUGGUACAUAGGUACUCGUAUAUAAUACACGUAUAUAUAUAUGUGUGUGUGCGUAUAAAUAUAUAUAUAAUGUACGCAUAAACGUAUAUACAUAUAUAGGUAAUAGACGGGGUAGGGGAAAGGUAUAUACAAGUCGGCUAUAGAGAGCAUUUAGAUAUAUAAUAGUGACAAAUUAGCGGCGGCCUUCCGUGGAUACCGAUCAUUUUCAUCGCAGUACGGUCGUACCUACAGCAGUGCAGUGCAGUGCAACAUCAGCAACAGGUCGAACGUCAAUCGACCUAUAACAGUAAUGUUUCUAUUAUACGAAACUAAACCGAUAUUCAAUUAUUACAAUAUAAUUUCAUAUUUAUAACAGUAUCACGUGUAGUAUAUUUCAUUAUUCAUUAAUAUCGUAUACGCGUGUUUUUUUUUUUUUUUUGGAUAAUAUACUUACCUAAUAUAAUAUUAUUGACAGACAAAACAAAUAAACAAAACAUUAUAGUGUGUCAGCCGCCACCGCCACCACGAUCGAUUCUGUAUAGUAGAAACGCCGUCGACGCGAUAUACUUUUCGAUUAAUAUAUUAUCGUUGACAAGUCGUCUCAGUCGUUUUUCGCCUACAUUUCAUUUGUAUUUGUACUAUUAUUAUAUCUACGGUGACGCACUUUAUUUUUUUGUUAUUAUACUGCCACAUUGCCAAAAUAGUUAUACAUCGUCGAAAACCCGAAAAAAUUCGGCUCAUAAUGUUACGGGACUAUCCUUUCACUGUCGUGUUAUCUUGUUUCCAGUCGAAAACGAAGCAUCCGUAGCGUUCAUCGACUACAACAGUCCAGAGGUAAGAAAUUUGUUUACAACUACCGCAUUGAGCUUUUUUUUUUCUAUUUUCUAUUUUGAGCGGAGCUAUUGGACAUUGUUAUACACAUCUAUACUUUUAAUAUUUUCUUUGGUUACCUAAUUGACUCCAAUAAAACUUACAUGACCGUAUAUCAGUAUAUAUUUAACGAUGCAGAUUUUCCCUGCCUAGUGAUCGGAACUUAAAUUUUAAUUUUUUUUUCUUGAUUCUUAACACAUUUUAACCCCUUCACUCUUCUGAUUGGACUACUUUCUUAUUAGGGGAGAAGGUUGGAAUAAUUAUUGUUUAUACAAACAUAUAAACAAAUGCAUGCUUUAAUUAAUUACCUAUACUACCAGUUAUACACGAACUAAGCAUCGUUUUUCGAUUGUUUUUUUUUACAUUUUCUCUCUUUCUCUCUCUCUCCCUCUAUUUUUUUCCUUAUCCUCUUUGAAUCCGUACAGUGGUACGCUCGUGUGUAAACACGUACGUUUCAUUAUUGCGCAGUGGUUUAAUACGUAUUAUAUCUCAUUAUAUUUAAUACGUAUCAUGUCUGUCUGAUAUGUAUCAGAAACAUCCGAUUGUAGUGAUCUAAAAAUCAUUGGAUUUUAAUAGAUCAUUAUUUCAUAAUAACGCCGCGUGUCAGGGGUGUUUGCGAAGAGAUCGAGAUCGAAACACCUGACAAUGAUGUCAUCCAUUUCUAUUUGCUUAUAGUGUCAAUACAAUAAAACAAAUAUUAUUAUAGAAUAAGUGUAACAUAAAUUUAAAAUACGUAGAUAUCUACACAAUUUAGUCAUAAUAUUAAAAUUGAGAUUUAAUUGUUUUUUUCGUUAUAGGAAUUAUAAUUCGAGACUUACCUACCUAUAAUAUGAUUAUUAUAACAAUUUGUUUUUGUUUUUGAAGUUAUAAAUUUUAUUUUAUUCGUUUAAAUUAUACGUUAGCCUAAGUGCGUUUAAAAUAUUCAACAAUUUAAAUGAGACUUUUUAAUAUUUUAUACUUAGUUAUACCUAUACGGUACAGGUAGGUACUGAUAUUUACAACAUUGCUGCAGUUCAAAGUACGUAUAAAGGUAUAUUUUAAUGUACAUACAAAAUUAUUUUUAUUUUUAUAAACCGUUCAGAAAUAUUUACUUUGAAUAUAUAUGAGUAUAUGUAGAAGUUAGUUAAAGCCUUUUCUAGUUAAGCUUAGAUUAUUUUUUGUAUAUUAAAAAUACAAAUAAAUUAUUUUAACCUUGUACUAAGCAUAGCCGGUAAUAGGGUUUAAAGAUCGAAACCUUUUUAUUAUUAUACAUAAGACCUCCUCAAUCAAUUGAGAGUUCGUUGAGGUACAAGGAUCUAUGAGGCUUUUAAUAAAAUAAGAAGAGUGUGUAAGUGUGUAACAUAUUUAUUUAAAGUUGUAUACUAUUAGACAUUUUUUAAUGAAUGUAAUAUUAUUGUAACGCUUUUAAUCGUAUGAUUCUAAAAUUAUCUUCGUUUUUGUUACUAUUAGUGUUAGAUACAGUGCCAGGUUAAGAGAGGGACAAAGGAGGGAGUUACCCCCGGAGGCAAAUUUUAGUGGCGGUAAUUUUUUGAAGGCGUAAAUAAAAGUAUUGGCCGUUUUAUUAUGUAUUAUAAUUUUUAAGAAGAAUUAUAAAUUAUUGAAAAAGAUGUGUAAUAAACUAAUAAAAUUGAAUAACAAUAAUACAGCCUGCUGCAGAAUUAUCACGUCAGUGAGCGUAUUCUUAGGAAUACUAUAAUAAUAUUAUAGUACAUUCGGACCGACAAAUUUAUACUUUCGUUCGUAUUAUUUUCGAGUACAAAUUAUACACAAUAUAUUUACAGCUGUACAUGUAUACAUUGAUACAUUAUAUUUGUUGUAUUACCUGUAUUAUAAUCUAUAAUCAUCUGAUUUAUCUUCUGUUAAGUCUGGUUGAUUGAGCGUUUUUAUAAAUAAUACAUAGUAUAUUAUAAUAUGAUAAGUGGAAAACGAAUAAAAUUAAAUGGUGCUGAAUUUUGCAGACGAGCAGAGGAAAAAGUUAAAAUUAACAAAUUAUUUUUCAGAUAUCAAAAAUUUAGAGUUUCUUUUAAAGGUAAAACUAGUGUAAAAUAAUACUACAUUUAUAUUUUAUACCUUAUAUAAAAUUAAUUUGAAUGUAACUACUCUUUCAAAAAGCAAGACUUUGUUGGUUAUAGUUUUUGUGCGAUAAUAUGAUGCAUUUAUGUUUUUUUUCGUUUACUAUUAGUCCCAUGGAUCUGCUUCUCUCUAUUAGUAAUUCUGCUAAAGUCUUAAUUUCCUCUUCUGACUUGCCAAUUAACUAUAUCGUCCACGUAUGUUAUUGAGUAAUUCUUUUUAUUUUGUAAUCUAAUCCUUACGUCAAUGUCAAAUAGUCAUCUAAACACUAAUUCUAAUGCAAUGAAAAAAGACAUAGGAGACAGUAUCUUACUGUCUUAAUCCCAUUUUAACCUCGAAUUCUUUAAAUACAUGGUCAUUGAACUUAAUUUUGCAUUUUGAGUUCUGAAAACAUGAUCUUAUCAGUCUAAUUCACUUGAUAGGGUUUCCUAAGUCUUUCAUUAUCACCCAUAGCUCCUCAUUACUAAGAAAUCAUACGCUUUUUUGUAAUCGAUGAAUAACAUGAAGAGAUCCUGAUUAUAUUCAUAACUCUUUUCCAUUAUCUGUUUAAUAAUGUGGAUCUGGUCCAUUAUUGACCUUCCCGAUUUGAAUCCUGUUUGAUACUUCCCAAAUAUUUUCUCACUAUAUGGCUUUAGUCUGGUUGAAAUAUACAUAGGUAUAUACAAUUACGUUGGAUAUAUCCGUGACAAAUUUAAAAUGUUUGAGUGGCGAAAAUUUUGGUGGACCAUCAAAUCACCCACCUUACUCAAUAACUAAAAAAAAAUCCUACUCUUUAAAUUUGUUUUAACAGCAUAGUUGUAAAUGAUGUGUAAUUUGAAGCAUAUCCUCUUUUCGAAUCUAUCCAUAAAUAGCCUCCCAAAAAAUUGUUAAAUAUUCAUAAUUUUAUUUAUUAUAGUUGAUAUUACUUAUCAACAACUAAUAAUUUUAUAAUUUGUUUUGUUAUUGUGUUAAAUACAAGUAUAAAUUAGACACCCAAAAUCUUCCAAAAUCUUAGUGGAAAUCUCACUGCGAGUAUUUAAAGAUACUUGCAAUGUUGGUUAAUCGUUUUUUUUUUCAAUUCUUAGAUUAAUUUAGUGACUCUAUGGAUCUUUACUGUCUCCAACCCACCAAUCAGUAACGGAUUUACGGGGGUUUUGGUUAAGUUAAGUUAGGUUUGAACUUCCCCAGACACCGAUAUAAUUUCAAUAAAAUACCGUCCAAAAAUGGGCUUCUAUUAAUAGAGAUACCUUUUAAAUACAUAUGAAUUUUCAGGACACCUCCCAGAAAAAUGUUGAAAAUCUGCUACUGCCACCACUGUUGCUCUAAGUUCUGUGCAAGUUAUUAUUAUUAAAGUAGCCAUGAAAGAUUUGACAAAUGAUAAUGAAAAACAGAUAGAGUAUAGAUGUUUAGUAAAUCUUUAACAAAUAAAAUAAUUUAGCCUAAUUUUAUAGAAGAUUUUUAAUACAAAAUCCUAACUAAAGUUUAGCCAUGAUGAUUGUAUUUUUGAAAAUUGUCGUUGACGUAUAAAUAAAUAAUACCUAGUUAUGAAUUGGCGAUUUUUAGAGUUUUUACUGUAUAUAUGUAAUUUAAUGAGAUUUUAUACAAUUUUCUGAGAGCUUGAUGUAAUGCUUAAAUUGAAACCGGGUUCUUGAUGAUUUUACGCACAACAGUGUAUUAUUUUGAUAGUCGUGAUCACUAUAGGUACGUGAUCGUGAUCGAAAAGGUUUCUCCAACUGUAUGCCACAUUUUCUCGAUAAGGUAUUGGAAUGAGUUUUUUUUAUUGUUUUACUAUCGUUUAUAAUUAAUUAUACGACUAAAACAUAUCCAUAUUCUGUUUAUAAUGCGUAUUUUUUAGACAGUGCAAUUUACCAUUCUGGUAGAACAAAUGCAAUAGACGAAACUGUUUAUAGUGCAGUGACCGAAAUCCCAACAAUAGUAUACGAUGCUUAUGAUAAAAAUCAAAACAUCAUGUAGUUGUUUAUAUAUUCUUACGAAAUGAGACAAAAAAAUUGUUUUUUCUCUCCCAUUGUUUUCACUUUACACUGUAUAUGUAGGUGUCAAAAGUUUUUGAGCACGAUUGUUAUCUAAAAAUUGGUUCGUAUGCAGGUGUCUACCUAUUAGCAUUAGAUCAACUAUAUUGUAUUUGUUGAUGAUAAAUAUCUAUUUAUAGACAAUCAAAUAUUCCUUCUUAUUUAAUUUUAAUAAUUGGGUACCACGUCUAAUAGGUAUACUUAAUUAACCGUAAAGAUUGUUUUUAGACAACAUAGUAUUGUUUUUUUAUUUUUACUUCAACGCUCAAUUUCGUUUACACUUCACAUAAAAAUGAUAAUUAACUCAUUCUUAGUAUAACAUAAUUCAUUUAAAUAAUACGCGGUUUCCAAAAACCUAUUAAACUAAUUUACACGCAAUUUUGUACUAUAUUUCGUAUACCAAUGCGAUUGAAAAUUAUAAUUUGAAAAGUUUGAUUAGUUAAUGAAUUAUAUUAACUCAUUUAAAAUAGUUAAUUGAAAAUUAACACAGCGUUGGUAUUUUUAUAACAAUGAACUUAUUAAAAAUAUUAAAUUUUUAGUUGGUUAUAAAGCAAAAAAAAAAAACGUAAUAAUUAUUGCAAUUAUGUUAUUUAAUAUUAUAGGUUACUUAAUCAUGUAUAAUAGCAAUAAAAUUAAAAUCAUUAUAAUGACAUUAUGAAUAACUUACCUAUGAUUCAUUUUUUUAUAUUUUAUAUUAUUUUCAUCGAAAUGUUAUUAAACCGCUCUUUGUUAUAUUAUAUUUUUCGGGUGUACUCGUAAGUACACAAUUAUUAUUCACUCGAUUUAAACAGUAAUAGGCAUUACGAUUAGUUUUUUUUUUUAUCACCGAAGUAAUAAUUAUUGAGUUAAUAGUAAUUGGAAAUGCGUAUUUAUUAUCCAUGUUAUAGAAGUAUAAGAAAAUCUAAAAUAGUAUUACUGAAAACAAGAAUGUGUGCGUGAAUUAUUAUCAUCGUAUCGUUUUUCGUACCUAGUUUUUACUUAUUACUUAUUACAUUACCCACCUAUAUAUUUCACGUAUUGCGCAGCAACAAUUUUUUUUAUUAUUAUUAAACGGAUAACAAAUUGUUAUCUUCUCUCACAUUGUAGAAAAUCUUACAGCGGCACCACCGCUGGUAAAGAGGAUAGGUAUACUAGGUGAUGCCUUUAAGUGGGUAAACUGAUUAUCUCGGAAAGUAUUAACUUUUUCUGGAAUUUGUUUUCUAGAACAUUUAAAAAAACAAGCUGCUCCACAAUUUUAUAUUUGUGUUAUUUUUUGUCAUUCUUAUUUUUGGUGGUAAAACCACUAUCUACUUUUGAUUUUUAAAAGGCAGCCCAUAUUAAAAAGUCCAUAAAUAGAUUGAAUAUUAGUUAAAAUAAAUUUUAGUGUUGACAUUUUUGACUUCUGUCGAUCUGUCGACGAGGUAUUCCACUUUUAAGUGAAGGUUGGAGGAGAGUAGUGGAGUAUCAUUUGUGUGGUGGUACGGCGCGGGGUAUGUUAAUAAUGCACUACUACUCCCCUCCAACCAAAACUUAAAAGUGGAAUAUCUCAUCAACGGCUCGACAGAAAUCAAAAAUCAACACUAAAAUUUAUUUUAACUAAUAUUCAAUCUAUUUAUGGACUUUUAAUAUAGGUUGCCAUUUGAAAAUCAAAAGUAGGUAGCUGUUUUAUCCCCAAAAUUAAGGGUGACAAAAAUAAUACAAAUAUAAAAUUGUGGAGUACUUUUUUUCCCAAAUGUUCUAGAAAACAAAUUCCGGAAAAAGGUAAUACUUUCCGAUAAAAUGAGUGUACCCACUUAAAUGAAUCACUUGGUACUUAUACAGAAACAGAAUACCUAUUAAAUCUCUUGUAGUUUCCAUAAAAAAUCGUUUUAAAAGGUUUGCCGAUUAUUCGAAAUGGAUUAUAUUUUUCAAAAUUUCGGACGAAUGUGAACUGUGAGUUUUAACAGUCUUCGUGAAUAUAACGAUGUUUAUACUCGGAAACUGCCAAAAGUCACACACACACACACACACAUACGAAUCGUAUAAAAAUGCAUACACCAUUAAAUUACGAACUUAGUAAAUUUUGUCUAGUUGAUGUAUUGGAGAAGUAAUCUUUUAAAUUGUCUUGAAGUUCUCUUAGAGAACUAUUUGGAAAACUAAAAGGGAGAUGGAGACAAUAACGGAAAUAACGGUAUAUCUACUUUUAUUUUUAUCUUUUAAUAUUUAUCUUAUCUUUCUUUUAAUAUCUUUUGGUAUUUUUUUGUAAUGCAGUUAAAAAUAACAGUGGAACCUUGAAACAGAACACUAAUAUUAGCCCUUUCUAAAUUUGUUAAAAUUUCCCAUUUAUUUUACCGAUUUUUGAACUAUUUAGGUCUUUGAAAUUAUCGAGUUUUUUUAAAAAAAAUAUUAUUUCGUUUUAUGUGCAUAUAAAUAUUUUGACACAUUAAAAAUGAUCGAAAAUUGAAUAAGAGGUUCAAAAUAAGUCAUAUAAGUCGAAAAAAAAAAUUGAACGUUAUAUAGUAAUUUAUUUUAAAAUAGUUUUAAAUUCAAAUUUUGACAAAAAUCGUAAAUAUCAAAUUUUUUUUUUACGCAAAUAAAUGUUAAAUUGUUAAACAGUAUGACUUUGUAAUGACGUAAAACAAUAAGUUAUAUUUGAUUCAUGAUUCCGAAUUAUAUUUAUACGUGUGCAUUUUAUCUCGUUCGAAUGAUAAUGUAUCAUUAUAUUUUGUUUCCUGUAAAAUAAUUGAACAUCGUUUUAGAUAUUUUUGAAUUAUAUAAUUAUAUUGAUUUGUGAAAGUCAAAUUUGAGUUAAAGGAAACUAAUUGAAACAUUUACUGGUUUAGAUAAUAAAUAUUAAUGUUGAACAUUUGUUGUAUUUUAUUCGACGCGUAAAAAUAACAUAAUAAACCGUUCAUUUAGCAUAAUGUAAAUCGUUUUAUGUACCUCAGAUUUGUGUCACCUAUAUAAUAUAUUAUUAUGAAAUCUGAACGGAAAUAACGAUUAGACGAAUCUGAAAAGAAGCAAGUGGGUCAUAACAAACAUUUCAAUAAUUGACCCCGUUUUAUUUUUAUUUAUAAAGAAUUUAAAUUAUUUAGACGUUGGUAUGAUUGGUUAUGAUGCAUUUUGUUGAAUAAUAUUAUUUAUACGUACCGUUCAUGGGUGCAACUAUAGGCUAUCAACUUUGAGGAUUCUAAAAUUAUAGACACAUCAUAGAUCCAUGGGUAUAAUGUCACCAUAAUCCCCUUUACAUAUAGAACUUAUAAUAAGCAACUACACAUUUCAUUUACAAUUUUUAUAUAAAAAUAUAUCAUAACUUUUUUAACUUUAUUUUUGUGCAAAAAUACAUUAUCUGUAGGUAAUCUGUAUUUUUUCUUCUUAUUAUUUAUAAAAUACAUGAGUAAUUUAUUAUUUAGUCGAUACUAUAUAAAAACAGAUUAUUGAGAGUGCUAAAGAUUGUCUCCCCCCCCUAGUUGGGCUGAUGAUACCAUUAGUAAUAAUAAUAUAGUCGGAACGAAAAUGAAGUAAUAAACAGUUAUUACAUUCGUUAUCAAAAUCUAUAAUUUAUUUUGAGUCAUCCGAUAUCAAAACUAUUACGUCCAUCGUGUAAAUCAUGGAAUUUAUAUUUAAACUUGUAAAAUGUUCAAUAAAAUAAAUAACCAUGAGUCGCGUAUUCUCGUUUUUGAAUAGUACCUAUUAUAAUCUCAAGGCUGGAUAAGUUAAUAAUGAAUACCUCAUAUUAACUCGGUACCUAAAGUUAAAAGUUAAUUUGAAAAUUGAAUUAGCUUACUAACUUUGUGGAGUUAAUUUUAUUAUAAAACAGUUAUUGUCCGUGUAAAUGAUUAAACCAAGAAUCUGUGAUUUUUUUGAAAAUAAUGACUAUCAUCAAUGUUAAGAAUCACAGACGGUAAAUAUUCUGGGAAUAUUAAAUGGCACAUAUUAUUUUAAAAUCAGAAUUCAACACACCUUUGAGUAAAAAAGGAUAAAAACAGCGAUGAGCAACAGAGUUCCUUUACAGCUACCGUCUAAUUUUCCCCACUUAUUUUGUGUAGAAGAAAUAUUCUUUGCAAAACAAAAAACAACCGAAUACUAUAACAAUACAAUACUAUCUGUAUUAAAAUUAUAAUUAGUAUUUCUAAAAAAAUUGUUGAAAUUUGAUCAUAAAAAUGGUAGGUGUUAGAAUAAUAAAACUUCUAAAGAUUUAUAUGAUAUAAUGCAGUGAAAUAGUCUCAGUCUAGCAUUUACGAAGAUAAUUUUAAAAGAAAAAAAAUUAUUUGAGGAUGGAAAAUUGAGUAGACAAAUCAAAGUUAAAAGUUAAAAUUGACUAUACUUUUAAAUUUUGUUUUGUUAGAUUUGAAAGGUUAAAAUGCCUAAAUCUGAUUAUUAUUAUUAUUAUUAAAUUUUAUCAACGAGAAUAAUUUGUCAAUAUCGCGUGUUAGAUAAUCUAGAAAAAAAAACUACUGGGGACGGGUGCUGCCACUUUUUUAGGUAGGAAGCUGGGAAGGUAGGAUAUAUGAAGUUAUUUAAUUUAUAUCUGUUCGCAAAGAUUAAUUAAAAAAUGAAUGCAUUAAACUCAAUUUUUGGUAGAGAACAUAAGUUACAAAAAUUAAAAACAUUAAAAUUGGUAACUUCAGCGUGUCGUAAAUAUUUAUCGUUUUAUCAAAAAUUUUCUUUCAGGUUUUUUUCAAUUAUUUUGAAUAUCUCUUGGAAAAUCAAAAAAUGACCUCCUUAAUGCAUUAACUGAAGAAAAUAUUUUUCCAGAAAAAGUAUUACACUCUUCACAUUGAAUUAAAAUUUCUUUAUGGAAAGUUCUUUACACAGAGAAAAAAAAUUAAACAUCAUAGUAAAACCAAUAGAUUCAUCGCUACGUUUCGAAUCUAAAAUAAUACUGUACAUUUUUUUUCCGGUUGUUUUUUCGUAGGUUAUGCUUUUCAAUGAUACUUUUGUUACUAAACGACCGAUUUUUAUUUUGAGGGCACCACAAACAGAUAGCGUGACGAUAAAAUAAUAAUUCUAAUGGUAAACCUACCAACUGUAAUAUUAUUAAUUAAUCGUGUUUCGCGACUGUCGGAAUAAUACUUUUAUUUUCUUCUUAUCUUUAAUAAUAAUGUUUAUAGGUAAGUUUUUACUUAUCUACAUUUAUAAUUUAUCCGAGUAAUUGAGGAACUUUUUGAAGUAGACAGUACGUAUACCUAUACUCAAAUAACAUACUCAGUACCUUGCUAAGAGGGGAGGGGCAAAUUAGGUAUUUAACUUUUUUAGGCAAUAAUUAAAAGUAUAUCUAUUAUGUAUUUUAGUCAAAAUCGAGGUCGCUAGACAAUAUCAAUGUAUACGAAUAUAAAUAUAUAGUUAUCUAUAGAGAUAACAAUAAUAUUUUCUUAAUUUCCAUUGAUAGCAUCGUAAUAUUUUUCUUGUUAGUUAUCAUAAUAUUAAUAACUAUUAUUUUUACAUAUAAAUAUUAUAUAUAUAUAUAUAUAUAUAUAUAUUUGAACGUUGAAACAAUUGCAUCUGUAUAUUAUAACGAUGAAUCAUAACAUAAUUUAGACGUUACAAUAUGUUGACCUUUUAGUUUCGUACAAUCAAUAUUUUGUAAAGUGUAAUUAUAUUAAUGAUUAUUGCAAUUUGAGGUUUUAAAAUUAAUAUGAUAUGUAUAACGCAUAUAUGCAUAGACUAAUAAUGAAUAAAAUAUCAAUGGAAAUUUUGUUUGCAAAAAAAAUUAUCAUAGUUAUACAUAUGUUUAAAAGUAAAAAUCGUAAUACUUAUUUUUUCUCAAUUUGUAAUGGUAUAAUAAUUUUUCAUCUAAAUCAAUAAUAAUAUUAUUAAUACCUAAUACGAUCUAUAUUGUUAUGUCGGUAUACGUGGUUUUAAUGACGUAACUUAAAUAUUACACUAAACAUACACAAGUGUUAUUAAACCGUUUUAAUAUUAACCGCAAUAAUCAAAUAAUUAAUAUUCGAAAAAACAAAUGAAUACUAACUGAACAUUUUGUUUUAUCUAUAUUGUGUAUACAUUUAUCGUACCCGUAUAUAAUAUUGUACACGGUGCCUGCGCGCUACUACAUAUCAUCUAUAAAUACUCUAAUAUCUAUUUUUAAUCUAUUUCAAUUUUUAUAAUAAUAAAUAAUUAUUGUAUUUAUAAAUGAGAUUUUCGACGUUAAUAAUAAUGUAGUACGUAUUAUGUGCGAUAAAAUUAAUUAAAUUAAUUAAAUUGGGGACUGUAUUGUAAUAUUUAAUAGUAUACUAUUAUCUAAGAACUAUUUCAUUUCGUGUACGUUACUGACAUUAAAAAAUAUUAUCACCGAAGUAUAGAAUAAAAGGUUUAGUUUAAAAUAACGUAUGGCGUUUUUGUUUGUUGGUACUUGAAAUUGUUUAAACGACUUGCACAAUUACCGUUAUAAUGCGUUAUACUUAAUCAGGUUCUUUGUGGGUUCUAGCCAUAGUCGAUUUUCGAUAUAUAUGUAUAUUUUUUUAAGAAACACGGUACGGCACGCCGACCGCUGUGCCAAAAAAAUGGAAAAAUUAAUGUUAACGAUCGAAACCUCUCAGCGACAGCGGCAGCAGCAGCAUCAGCGGCCACUAUUCGCUGCCGGUGUCGAGCGGCUGUUGUCACAGACCGUACAAUUAAUUGAAUAAAGGGACUACGGUAGCAAGGUCGUUUGGCGUAUGGUAAAAAAAAACUCAUUCGCAAUGACAUCCUUUACAGCAAAAUCUCCGCAAAUUGACUCGAAACCGUUCAUUUCGUAUUUAUAUAUACCUAUUAUUAUUAUUAUUAUUAUUAUUAUUAUCAUGUUCGUUCUCGUCAAAGAAUAUUAUUUUGCCCUUUUAAAAACGACACUAUAAUAUGCGAUACCUACCGUUGUAAUUUCGUAUAUUACGCUGCAAUAUAUUAUUCACACACGCGUUUAUAUAGAUUUAAAAUAUUAUAAUCAUUACAUUUCGAGACACGGUGCGAUGUCGUAAUUAUAGGUAAUGUCAAACCGAACAUCAUACUCAUGUCUAAUGAAAACCGAGUGAAAGUCUCCAGAGAUUAAAUUAAUGUUAAGCGGAUGCCAUACACCCGCAUGCGCUGUCCUCGUCGUACAACCACGCAAGAUAGCAAUUUUCCGUUUGGCAGGGACAACUCUAUGCUGUUAGUUUCAAUAUCAGAGUGAAUUGACCUAUUAUCAAACUUAAAUAUAAGAACAUUAUCUUUGUCGUUUUGUCAUUUUUCUUUCGUAAUUUUAAUUUUUCAAGCAAGAUACGAGUGUGUGAAAUAUCACAAUUUAAAAUUGCUUAUAACUCGUUUAAAAAUUUAAAAAAAAAAAAUGACGACACGACACAGAUAACGUCCUUACAUUUAUGUUUGAUAAUAGGUCAAUUCACUCUGAUAUUGAAAUUAAUAGCACAGAGUUGUCUCGGCUAAGUUAAAAUUUGGUAUGUCACGCAGUUGUAUGCCGAAGACAGCACAUGUAAGUAUCUUGGCGUCCUCUUAAGUAAAUUAUUUUCGUAUUAUCCAACUGUAGUUUUGAUCAAUUAAUCAACGAUCAUAAAGUAUUUCUAUAAAAAUCAAUUUCAUUGGUUGUUGUAAUGUUAUUUUUAUUAAGACUUAGGUUUACAAUAAGACUUAAACUAAUAAGAUUUAUAAAAUAAAUAUAUAAUCUAUAUAUAGAAUAUAAAUAGUGAAAAAUACUAGGUUUAUUCGCAUGGAAUAAAAAACAUACUACAAAAAUAACAAAAAUUUAAAAUAUAGUCUUCUAGACUAUAAAAUGUAUUUAUUAUUAUUAUUAUAAAACAUUAUAAUAUAUUGCACACCGUAUUUAUUAACUUUAUAUUGAUUAAGUGCCUACCAUAAUUUUUUUUAUAAAGUAUUUCUAUAAAACUUUAAUAACUCUACAUCAAUUUCGUCGGUAUUACACAUUACACAUCGUAGAAUCUCGUACAUUUUUUAUAAAAUUUGACUUUUUGUAUUUAUAUACCCAAGAGUACUGGUCCACCCCCUAGAGCAAAAAAAAAAAUCAAAUCAGAUUAAUGUUCCUGGAGAAUAAAAUGUGCUACAGUAUUAAGUCUCAAAACAGUGUAAUUAUUUAAAUACGAGUACAGGUAGAUAUAAAUUUAAAUUUAAAUAGUUAUGCGUUUAAAAUAAACCGGAGAGACUAUGUAUCAGAGAGGUAUUUAUAUGGGGAGGGGAAAGUGGUUAUUGAUCACAGUUGUCAUAUUUUAAGAGGACGUUUUUACCCAAUUUUAAGAUACUGUAAAAUAGUAGUUUUUUUAAAAUAUUGACCCCAUCUUACAUUUACACUCCCACAGAAAAAUCUAAAGUACCUAUAGUGUGUUUUAGAGUCACAAAGUUUUUAGUACAAAAUAUCUAAUUAUUAGACGAUUAUAAUUUGCAUACAUAUUAUUUAAAUAUUCAACCCCUCCAAAAAACGCCCAGGCACGUAACUGUUAUAAACUAUAGACCUAAUACAGAAAAAGUUGAAAAUCCACCACUGACGGCUGACAAUAUACAUUUUUAUUUCAAAAAUAAUUUUCGAAGAUUUAAUUGUUAGGGUUGGGAUUUUAAUGUAUAUACACCCAUAUUGUUUUUCAAAGUUUGCUGUAAUAUUGCCGUUUUGUUAAAAAUUCGUUCCAUGUGUUUUUGAAUGAAAAUAAGGUAUUUUAUUUUGCAUUUUUUGAUUUUAAAAUUAUUUUUUUGAAUUUUAUAUGCAUAUUUAUUUUCAAUUUCCACGGCAAAUAAAACUAUGUUUUUUUUUAGGGCAUUUCAAGGGGUUUAUUCCCAAACAUGACAUUCCUAGUUGUACUUACUAUAGUGAACACCACUCGAUAUUUUAUUUUUAUCGAUAUCAUUAUUGAUAAUGUAAUAAUUAUAUAGGUACGAUGUAUUCUUAGUCAUCAAAAAAAAAAAAUAAAACAAUUAUAAUAAUGGUUUCUAAUAUAAAUACAAUAUAAAUACAUAUCAAUUAAUAAUUAUAAUUCGAUGGGGAUAGGUUUGAAAAUUAUAAACACUAUAAUGUUCCAGUCUAUUAAAUUCGCCAGACGUCAAGUGCUUGUUAACAAUAAUUAUUAUAACAUUCACUUUUCGUCAGUAAUGUCUUAUUUGUAUUACGAAUAUUAUAUCAACUGUACAACAGUCAUUAAUAUUAUAUUGGAAAAUGUUUAGUGUAAGCACAGUUAUAUUAAUUAUAAUGUAUACUAAAUACCUAGGUAGUGAAGAUAAUAAAAUAUUGUGUUUUUUUAAACAAAUAAUAUUAAUUCAUAAUAAUUGCUUUUAAACAAAUAAUACAAUUUUAAUUAUAAAUCUCUAUGAAAUACAGUAAUAUUAUAAUCAUAAUUGUUAGCGCGCGUGAACAGAAUAUUAGCAAAUACUUGUAAAACUCGAUUAGGGUCAAGGCCGAAAUAUAUAAUUGUGAUCACUCAUGACGAAAAAUAAAUUGCGGAUUAUCGAAGAUUCGGAUGGGAAUUAAUAAUAUUUUUACUAGUAUUUUUGCAGUUUUAUACUGGCUAAUUUUCCAAAGAGGUAAAUAGAUUAGAUCAGUGGAGCGCAGCCAAGGGGUCACCAAUAUUUUUACUUCUAAUAAAAGUUAUAUAUACAAUGUAGGUAUACAUAUUAUUAUAUAUAAUGUAAUAUUUCUUUUAAUGUCGGUAUCCGUAUCCAUGAACGUGACUUGGACAAUCUGUAUGGGAGGGAAGUCAAAGUUUAUUUCAUGUUAUUAAACUUAAAGGCUUUAGAAUAUGUUUAGAAAUUAUAUGGUUAAUAAUUAUACUAAUAAUGGUGUUACAAAUUAGGCACGAGUCAAUUAUUAAAUUUAAAUGUAACAUUUAUGUUAAUUGUAUUCUCCUUCCUUUUGGACAUUGUAAUUCCAUAAAAGUAGCAUUUUUUAAUAUUGAAAUAGUUGAGUAGUUAGCAUUUUGUUUCUUCUGAAAAUGUAACGAUAAGCUAUAAGUUAAUUCAAAAAUUAACUUCAUUAAUUUUAAACAAAUAAAAAUACAAAUAAAAAAACUAAAAUUUUUGAAUAUUCACUAAGGUUGAAACAAGGUAAGUUGAAACAAUAAGAUUAAAUUAUAAUUGUUUAUUACAGACCUAAUAGUUUCGAUUUGACAAUUCCACCUAGUGUCACUAAGUGAUUUUAAGUACUGGUGGAUAACUUUGAUUCUUUUUGUUUAUUUUCAAAUACCAAAUAUCUUUUGAAGGAGCUCCUAUGAAUACAUAAAUCUUAUUUAGAGGACCAAAUAUAUUGCGAAUUGGUACUAAUUUCCCCCUGACAUCAAUUACACACAAAUUUAAUAUAUGAGUAUAGUAAUGAACAUAUAGAGCUAGUUUAUUUCCAUAUUUAACCCUUGUAGUAACCCCUGAAUAUGAACCACGUAUUGAGGCGGCACCGUCGUAGCAUUGACCUCUAAUAUUUUCAAUUUGUAGGCCUAAUGUUAGCAAAGUAUUUUUAAGUAAAUUCGAAAGAGAUUCUUCUUUCAUUUUAGCUGUUCUAAAAACAGAUUGCGACAUUUGAAUUACGACCGUAUUAUUAAUAAUAUAAAAGCGACACUCGGUCAGGUAGGAGUUAAGGAAAAGUGUCCACUUGGUUAGUUAAUAAAUGAUAAUAUUAUAAUCUAAUUAUCGUUUUUGAUUUUCGUCGGAUCACGACGCACUCAUUUGCUGAGAAACCGGCGUAUUUAGAGGAUUUUAAGUGAUAGUCGAAUUUUUAGUACAUUUAGAUACCUCUAUAACCACUCAAAUCAUAAUGGUGUCCAUGGGAGAGGAUACUUACACUUACGGGUAAGUUGUAUAGAAACUGAUGUUUUAGAUUUUGAACCUGAGCUAACAAACUAUAGAUUACCGGGAUUUUUUUCUUUCGGUAUAUUAUUUGUCUGUUUUUUUUCGUCAAUGUCAACCGCAAUAUUUUUUCUUGCACAGAUGAUUGAGUAAAUCUUAUGGAAACUUUUAGAAAUAGAAAUGUUUGGGGUUCGUGGCAAGUCGGCGAGAGAAAUAUGGGGGAAAAAUUGCUAAAAAUUAUUAAGUAUUUGUGGAAUUUUAAUCCAGACCUGUACGUAUUUUCCUGUCUAUAACCUAUCUAUAACCUACAUACCUAUAACCACUGACGCCACUAUAUCGGAUAUGGAAGAUGAUUGAAUCUUUUGAUAUGUAAACACUUUCACCAAUAUAUAUAUAUAUAUAUAUAAUUAUUAUUUUGUUAUUGAAACUUCUUUUUUGAGGGCAGACUUAUAUGAUUCGAGUUUUGAUAUCGAGCGUCACUGGAAUGACAUCGAUAAUAAAAAUAUUAUAAUUAUUCCAUUGUCACCGACUAACCAACUAUACUGCAGACAGUCUUAUAAAUUGUUAAUUUUUAUAUCAAAAUUUAGCUCACGUCAGCGGCGGUGACGGCGGCAGACGGUUUACGUCCUUGUCGGCGAACCGCAUCUGCCUCGGUUGAGGUUACGGGAUCAACACCUUGUUGGGUAGGUAUAGGUACUAAAUAAUAUUAUAUUAUUGUAUACUUCCAAAAAAGAGCGACAUAAUAUACGUGAUACGAACUUGCAAUACAAUUUGUAUUGUGUGUUGUUAAAAUCGAUAAUAUUCAUACCGUUUGACGUUUGCCGAACGAAUAAUUAAGAGAUGAUGUACAAAAAUAAUUAUCGUAUUAAGUAUUAGUGUGCAGAUUUGCUUGUAUGUUAUGCAUUUUUUUUUUUCUACAAGGUCGAUAUUAUUAAUACGAUUGAAAAGAACCGGAAGACAGUAGUACAUAAUACGGUUAAUUUGUAUUUUACCAGCGUAUUAUAAUAGGUAAUAUUAUAAUAUGAUUAUGUACGUGAGCAUAGAAGAAAAAAAGGAAUUUAAAUUAUUUAUUAUACAAGUAGAUUAUUCUAAUAUAUUUGAUUUAAAUACAACACCAAUGAAAAUCCGAAGAUUUGUAAUAUUUUACUUUUAUUAUUAUAACAUGCUAUUUACAGUUGUGACGUAUUAUAUACAUCCGAUAUUUACUUAGAUUUAGAAGAAAAUGUCACUUAAAAAAAUAAAAUGAGUUAUAUGAGUUAAAGAGAUGAUUUAAAAUCGUACAACGAUGUUUAAAAUUUAAUUUGUAGUAUGAUUUGUUUCGAAAUUUAAACGUCCCUAGGUAUAUCGUAAUUAAUGAUUGUCAGAUCGUUAAUACGAUGAAAGUUAUAGGCCAAGUAUAUUAAAUUAUUAUUAUAUAGUCAAUACUCAAUAUGCACGGUCCAAAGAGUUUAAUAGAAUUAUACAAUAAUUACUUUUACUUUGUAUCAAUAGACGAGUAUGGGUUAAUUACUUAUUAAUAUUUAACAACGAGCCAAAACUGUUGUAAUAGCACAAUGUAAUCAAAACCAUAGAGACUCUUACAGAAAUUAGAAAAUAAGAUAAGUAGAUACUAUUAUAGGAUUUAACAAGGUUAUAAUACUGAUGUGUAGCCGUUCAUCAAAACCAUUAAAUCGUCAACAGAGACAUUCUAAUUGUCAAAACAAAUAACGAGAGCUGAAAUAACCCAAAAGAAAAAAAAAUGUUGAGUAUAAUUCAAUUUCGUUUCGAUUAAGAAGCUAAUGUUUGCUACAUUGCGGUUAAAUUGACAAUAAAAAUUGAGAUGAGGGGAUUUAGGAACGACGCGAUCAAUUAUCGAAUCCGGUAGACCUAUAUCGUUUGAAUUUAAUUUCUUAUUAAAAUUUAUAAGAUUUUAUUUCGAUUAUAGAAAAACUGGAUAAAUUUAGAACAAUAAAAGUUUCAUUAUUAUCGAAUUGUUCAAUUUUUUUAUUUUACCAGAAAUUUUGCUCCGAAUUUUGGAGCGAAACAUCUUUUCUGAAAGGAAUUUUGUCUAUGGGAUGCCUUGGAAAGUUUUCUUUAAGAUUCCGGAGCGUAUCAAGGAUCUGUUGGUUUUAUUAUGAUAUGUUUCUCUUUCUGACUGUAAACAACUUUUCUACCAGAAAUAUUGCUCCGAAGUAUCAAGUGUAACACUUUUUCUGAAAGAAAAUUUUCUUUUGUUGGUGUAUAGGGGAGACCAUUUUUUGAUUUUCCAAGAGGCUUUCGAAAUAAUUGGGAAGAAAAACCCAAAGAAAAUUUUAGGUAAAACGCUAAAUAUUUAUGCGAAUUUAGUAAUACAGCGCUACCAUUUUCAUUGUUUUUACUAUGACUACACGAUGUUUUGUACCAGAAAUAUUGCUCCAAACAAAAAAUAACAAAAUAUAAAUUAUAUUCCUUUUAAUAUAUAGCCAGGGCCAAAUCUAGGAAGACAAACCUGGCACUUGCUCCGGAAUUCCUGGUCAAGGCACACCAAAUUACCAAAUAAUAAGUGCAUGGAUAUAUUAACAGUUUUUAUUCAUUCACAAAUUUUUUUGAGAUCAAACAAAAAUUAUUUAAUUUUUUUCUAGUUCCAUCCAAAGAUGGGAUAUUUUAAUGAACAAGCUUCAUUUAUCUUUAAAGGGUUACAAAGUUACAGUACUAUAAGGUGGUCUUCAAAAUAGAAAACAGUCAGAGUAUUAAAUUUAUAAUUAUCUGAUUUUAUUAAAACAUUUGAUUUAUUAAAUCAAAAAAUGCUGAUUCGAUAAUAAAAACUUGUUAAAAGCAAUAAAUAAAUUUCCAUUUAUAUUAAAUAUAACAAAAAUUAAUAAUAUAUUAAAUUCUUAGUGUGAUCGAGUAAACAUAAUAUUGCAGCGUUCAAAAAGUUGUUCACAGAAAAAAAGAAGGCCGUAAUAUAUUUUAACUAGUUCCUACAUUUUUAUGUUUUCUCUUUUUUCUUUUCGGUUUUUCAAAUUUGUUGAGAAAAAUCCUGAAAAUCUAAAUAUUACCUCCCUAAAGUACCACACCAAUUUCCUUUCAGAAAAAGUGUUACAUUUAGAAUUCCGAGCAAGUCUUCUGGUAGAAAAGUUGCGAACAUCUAAACAAAAAAAAAAAAAAUAAAUAAACAUCUUUGUAAAACCAUUAGCUUCUUUACUUCACUCAAAAUCUAAAAUAACGAUUGAUAUGACUGUUGCAAAUUUACGUAGCUUAAUAUAAUUAUUUGAAAAAUUUAAGGAAGGUGUAAUUGAUAAAUUAUUUAUUGAAGCAGAAAGAAAAGCUGAAAUGUUAGGUAUUGUAAAAAAGUUUCAAACCUGUAAACUUUCCAAGAAAAAGAAGAUAGCCGGUGAGCUUGUUAAAAAUAACAUAAAAACUGUUUGUGAAAAACAAAAAUUCAACAUUUUAAUCAAAUCUGCUAUGGAUAAUAUUUUAUCGAGAGAUCGUUUUGAGCCAGUGCAAAAUAUUUUAUCUACAUUUUAAUUUUAUAUGGUAAAAUGCUAUUUAAAAUACCAUCUUAUAAAAUCUAAAAAACAUUAAAUUGAUUUAUGUCAAAGUAUGAAACAGACUUAAAUAAAAUAAAAUUUAUUAUGAAAUUAAAAUUUUUAAACAACAUAUUUUUGUACUAGAUGACUCACUACGAUAUGGACAUUAUUUUAAUAUCCUUAAAUGAUCUCCUUAAAGUACUACUCCAGUCGGAUUUUUUUUUCAGAAAAAAUGUUGUACUUGUAAAUCAGAGUAAGAUAUUAAGGAGAAAUGUUGUUAAAAAAUAUAGAUAAAAAAUAAAAUAAAAAAACAAACGAUAGAAAAUCAAUACAUUCCUCGUUCCACUUAUAAUCUAAAAAGGUUGCCAAUUUCAUACUUCGUCAUGGAUAAAAAAAUAUUAUAUCCGGCUCGGCAUAUAGCCAUUAAAAGUUAUAAACCAUAAAUCAUUAAUUGGUAUAAAAAAAAGUUUUCAUAACAAUCGGGAAAACCAAAAAUGACAAAAAAUAAGAUUUUUUUAUAUUACGGCGCAAAGAUUUCAUUAUUUAAAAUUUGGAUGGCUUUUGCCUUCUAUAAACAUAAACCAUAAAUAUUGCUCCAAUUGAAAAUAAAUAAGAGACCUUUUUUGUUGGAUUUUUACCUAAUUAGUGAGUAAAAAAGAUGUUUUUUGAUUUUCUUUGCAGUUUUUUUAAUAAUUAAGUUGAUUUUGUUCUAUUGUGAUUCGGUUAAAAAUAAUCGUAGAUAAUUUUCUAGACGGGGUGAAAUUUCCAAAACAUUUAGGGGUAUAAUAUGAGCUAUUUAUAGUAAUUUGACAUUUUCAAUAAUUUUUUAGUUUUUAUUUGGCUGUAUGUGGAUAAAAUUGUCGUGGUCGAUCAGGUAUUUUUGAAAAUUUAACACAAGAUUCACUUAAGUUUUAUUUUUUUUUUUUAAAACCAUUUAAAAUUCUAAUGUUGACAAAAUGAAAAGAAAUCAUGGUAUUUCAAAACAUGCUCGACUGAACUUCACUGAUUUAGUUAGUACAUUGAGAAGAUCAUAUUCUGAUUUUUCAAGAAGUAAUUAGAAUGUUGAAAAAAAUGGGGGAAAAAAUUACAAAUUUACGACACUAAAAGUUUUAUUAUAUUCGUUUUUUUUACAGUUAUCUUGCUCCGAAUUUCAAGAAUAGUAUUUUUUUUCUGAAAGUAAUUGUUUUCUAGUUAGGUAGGUUAGUACUUAUUAAGGUUGUAGAUAAAAUUGUUUUGUCCAAGCAUCUUUCUUUUUUAAUUAGAUUAUUGUAGAGAAAAAAAUAUAUAUCAAAUCCUUCGAGUAGAAAAUGAAUGGACAAACAUCUUGCUUUGUGUGCCUUAUAUUUAUUUAUAACUAUAGAACGAUUAGUAACGAUUUAAUAAUUUUGAAUUUUUUAAUAUUGAUGCAUUAUAUGCAAGUAUAACUUAUAUGACUUAUUGGUUACAAGAUUAUAAUAAUUUUAUGAUAUUUAGUAUAUUAUAGCCAAUGCUUUGAAAACUUAUUAUAUGUAUCGCUUUUUUUUUUAUAUAUAGAUGAAGAUUACUUAGAAUUUGAAAAAUAGUUACUUACUUUAAUCAUUACGGUAAAUUUAGAUUCGUUCGUUGCAGUUUUGUGAAUAGAAUAAUUUACACAAAAAUAACAACUAUAGACUAUCUGUUUCAGUAGAUUCAGUUUAGACUUAAAGAAAUUCGUACAAUAAUUUGUAAAAAAGCAAUACUUUAUGCUUGUAUGUAAAGUUAUUUUCAUUACAGCCAAAAUCAAAAUUAACCUGUUUAUCCUGUUUAUCCAGUUUAACCUGUUCUACUUCUCUAGGAAAUUUAUUGUUCCACUAGAAUCGUUUUUUGUUUGCAAUGGUUUAUCGUUUUUUUUUUUCAGUAUACAAAUUAAAUAAUUUUAUAUUCUACAAAUGCCUUCUAAAUUUCUUACAUACUCUGCAGUAGGCCUACUGGACUACCCACUGUGGGAAUUACAUCCGGUUUUAUUUUUAAAACAUACAGAUUUGUGAUGUUUUUUUAUUAUUUGAAGAGUAUUUCGGGACGGUCCUAGAUUGAAGAGUGCACGGUAAAUAAUAUUAAUUUUGGAUAUUGAUAUUGAUACCACGUGCCCUACGUCGCUAAAACAUUAAAAGGUUAACACGUGCUGUUAGUUAUUACACAUAAAGAAUAAUGAUAAUUAUAUUAAUAUAUAAUAAUAAUAUUAAUAUUAUUAUUACUGUGCCUUUAUUGAUAUUAAUAUUUAUUCGUAUACGUCAUUACCAUAAAUAUUUUUACACUAAUUAUUAAAUUGCGCGUUUCAAAAUUAUAUGUCUAUCUUUGUUUCUUUCAUACGGUUCAAGUAUAAUAUAUAUAUACCUACCUAGGUAUGUAUUUUUAAGACAGACCCUGAAAAGUAUAGCGUAUCGUCAAUAAAUUAGUAAAACACGUGCUCGAUAUACUAGGAAAAUGCGCGUACGUAAUACUAUACAUUGUGUUUCACAGCGUUCGUAUCUAAUCAGUGAACCUAAUCGCAAUUUAUACUAACGCGUACAUUUCUGUGCAAUACCAAAUAAUUUUUGGUUAGGUAGGUAAAUAGGUAUUUUAAUUUUUGGAAAUUAUACUCGAGAAAUAGUAAAUACAAGUUUCUCUUGUACCCGUUGUUAUUUCACGCUGAAAAACUACAAAAGCAAUCAAAAUUCGAUAAAAACGAUGAUAAGUAGAUAAUAAUUAUAUGCGAUAGGUACCUAGUUGUAGAAUUGUACAUUUUAAAUUUUAACAUUACUUGUAAUGUGUCUUCGUUAAGGAUUGACAAAAUAUACAAAUAUUUUUAAAUUUGAUGGUAAAUUUAUAUUAUUUAUAUGUUUAACUUCUACGUUUUAUAUUCAGAGCGUAGCGAGGGAUCUAUUAGUUUUAUUAUGAUGCUCUGUUUUUUUUUUUUUUAUAUACGUAAACAACUUUCCUACUGAAAAUAUUACUUAGAUUGCUUAGAUGUAUGGAGUGUAGUACCUUUUUUUAAAUGAAAUUUUGUCUAUUGGUGCUAGUUGAGGAGGUUAUUUUUAGAUUCUGAGUGGAGCGAAGAAGCUUAUGAUUUUACAAUGAUUUUUUUUUUGUUCUGUGGACUUUUCUACCAGAGAUUUUACUCGGAAUUCUUAGUGUACCACCUUAUUAGGGAGGUCAUUUUUUGAUUUCCUUAGAAGUUUUCCUAAUAAAUGUAAAAAACCGAGAUAAAACAUGGGAAAACCGGGAAAACGUAGCAAAACUGGAAAAAUCGGUACAACAUUAAAUAAAUAUUAUUAAAGGAAAUGUAUAAAGCCUAUUUAAUUAUUUUACUAUAAUAUGACAUAUUUAUUGAUGACAAAGCAUCACUGUCGACUGAACUUCGCUCAGAAUCGUUUUUUCGUAAGUAAUGGUUUAUCGUUGCUUAGUAUGUAUACCUGAUACAUUAAAUUAUCUAUUAUAGUAGAUGCACCCGUCUCCAUUGUCCUAGAGCAUAUUUUUAAUUUUCCAAGGGGGUUUCGAAACAAUUAGAAAAAACGGGAAAGAAAAUUAUGAGUAAAACGGCAAUUAUUUAAGAUGUGCCUACCUUAGUAUUUUCAUUGUAUUUUUUUUUUCAACUUGAAUUAUAACAAAGAAUUCUUUUUUGGCAUUUAAUGUAUUUUUUAUAAUAGAUUAUUGGGUAAAACAAAAAAAAGAUUUUUUCAAAUUACAGCGUAACAAUUUCAGUAUUUAAAAUGUCAUAAACAUUUUACUUGUUUUCUACCAUAAAUAUUGUUCCGAUAAAAAAGUUAGUGAUUUUUUGAUUUUCCAAGUAAUUUUUAUAAUAAUUAGGAAAAACGUAAAAUGAAAUCUGACAAAUAUACGGAGUUACGAUUUUGAUCGAGUUGAAAUUUUAACAGGAAACUUAUAUUUGUUUUUUCUAGACGUAGUAAAAUAUCGUUGAGUUAUUCAGACAUUUUAAUUUUAUGGGUUUUGACGUAAUUUUUAUUUUUACUUUGCGAAUAAAAUUGUUAGACCUAACCGAAAUACUUUAACAUUGAUUAGGAGAUUCACUUAGUUGUGAAAAAAAACGUAAAGAUCGUAAAGAUCAAAGUAAUAUUUCUGAUAGAAAAUUUUUUUACUGAGAAAUAAAUAAAAUAAAAACAUCAGAAUCUAAAAACGACAAAUCAUUUUUAAACAUACAGCUCAUUCUCAGUCAAUCAUAAUUUUUAAUUGCACACCGCGACACUUAAUUGUUGGACAUUAAUAGAAAAAACGGUCUCUUCUCGGAAAUAUACCUAAAGUUACUCAAGGCUGAUAUUUAUUUGAUUUCGCCACUAUUAACGUUUCAGUGAACAUCAUAAUCUAUUUUAAUAGGUAAUAAUAAUUACAUUUUCUUGCAGAAUCUAAAGCCAAUAUAAAUUGAAAAUCUGUAGUUAUUCGAUAAUUAUAAUAUUAUUAAGCUUUUUUUACUAAGGUCAUUAACUUUAAAUUAUCAGGUUUGAACCGACCGAUAUCUAGGUUAAGUUUAGUGAAACUCAAAGCGUUGGGCCUGAAGACUCGGAUAAAAUUGGAAAUAUCAAUUUGGAAGAAUAUGUCUAAUAUAGAGGUAGACGGAAAGAGAUCGUGUUUACAGCUUUUGAUGGCUUUCGUAGAGCUGUUGAGCUAUGAAGAAAAGAGAUUUACUUGACGUGCCUUCUGAGAUUGUUUGUGAUUUUAUCAAAAAAAAAAAAUAAUAAUAAUAAUAAAGCUCACACGUAGGAAAAUAUCGUAAAAAAACCGAUAGGGAAUAUAUUGUCUAGACUCUAGAUAAUAUAUUCCCUAUACACAAUAUAUACAAUAUAUACAAGAGGGAGUGAGAAUAAAGAGAGAAAUAGAAAUAUCGCUGUGAGUAUACAAGAUUGGAUGUCAACUUAUAAUGUAUUAGCUACUUUAUUAUUAUACUACAAAUACAGUAGUGUUACUAAAAGUGUGUCAUAAGGUCAUUUUAUAAGAUUUAUAAGCAACACCGCUGUGACCAUUGACCCCGUCUGAUUAGUCAAUUAUAAUUAAACGUCACCGCAAACCUAUCGCACCGGUUCGUAUAGUUUACUGUUGUUUUUAUUUCAUACCUACCUUUCGUUUUUAUUAUUGUUUUUAAAUGCAAAUAAUUUAUUACACCUAGCAGCAGAGAUAUUAUUUUUGUGGUCUUUUUAAUCUCAAUGCCGGUCGUCACAACGUUCUUCCUUGUUAUGGCGUUUUUUUUAUAAUUACUUGACAAAAAUCUAUACUACCUACCUGUGUGUACCUACCGAGAUACUACAUUUGGUCUUGACACAAAAACGCCUAAAACACGAACUGUCGUAGGUAUUAAGUAAGAUCUAUCUAUUAAUAAUUGUAUGCAAUAUAAAUUUAUAAAAUCGUAUUAUUAGGUAUAUACUCGUAAAAGUUAAGUAACUAAGUAAGUAUCUGCAUACCUAACUUACUUGCAGCUCAUUGCCUACAGAUAGUUUUUAUAAUUAUUAUAAUGUUCUAUUUCAGUAAACAAUCAAAAUGCGUAUAUGACUAAUAAAUUUACAUAUUUGAUUUGUUAUUAUAUUAGUAGUCUUUAUAGAUUUAUCGACUAAUUAUUAGUGUAUAUCUACGUCAUUUAACAUAAAAGUUGUUAUUCUUUUUUCCUAAAUUAAUACUGAAACAAAAAUAAUGAAAUGUCAACUUUACAGCAUUUAUCCAUUAUAAUAAAAUCACCGAAUAAGAAUUAUAGGACUGGAAACGAAUGAUAGGACGGGCGUGGGGUACUUUUCACAAAAAUCAACUGGGGAUACGGAGCGCAUGAGUUAUUUUUUCCUUUAUGAGCCCCAGCAUUUUAUGUUUUUAGAAAUAGACACCUUGUCGGUGAAGUAUUUAGUUCUGAAAAAAUCCCUUUAAUAUGACGUUGGGGCUCAUAAAAAAAAUGAUUCCUCGUACCUCACAUUAUACAUUUGUUUUUCUGGUCACGUUAUCAUGUGUUCGUUUACAGUCCUAUAUAUCUUAGUCCUCCGUGAAUAAUGCGUUUUGUAUUGAUCUGUUUUCUAAAUUAUCUGAUUUCAGAAAGUCGGAUAUGUUAGUGUGGGAGUUCGCGUCAUCGUCGAUCAUUUUCGAUUGACCCUAAUCGUUCGUCUUUCAAACCCACACCAUCGUUUCUGUAGACCAGAUGUCGGUGGUCGUUAGUAAAAUAUAAAACAACUGAACGAAAAAAUAAUCAACAGCAAUAUACGUGAUAAAAACAAAAAAAAACAAACAAACAAAAAUAGAUUCACAAGAUGACGUACGACACGAGCGGGAAAAAGUGCGAGAAAUCCGCGUCCGGACAGCAGCAAGACGAGAACCACGAAACGUGGCGCGCCAUGGGCAUAAUGUCCAAGGCCAAAUUCAUGUUAAAACACUGUACGGUGGAGCCCAUGUUGGGUUGUUACAUCGUGUCCAGCGUCCUGGCGUCGUUGGCCACGCAGAACUUGAAUCUACAGAAAGCGUGCCGGGUGAACUUGAGGCUGGAUAAUGCAACGUGUUCGGCGCUGGAGAGCCGCUCCACCGACAAUUACACUAAGGAGGAUGAGGUGGUUGUCCAGGAGCUAGUGGCCGAUAUGAUCAUAUGGAAAACUAUCGUUCAGAGCAGCAUACCGUCCGUGCUCAUCAUAUUUAUCGGAUCGUGGAGCGACCGUAACCAUAAGCGCAAGCCAUGCAUGCUGAUACCGAUCAUCGGCGAGUUCCUCACCAGCAUCGGUCUGUUGUUCUGUACUUAUUAUUUUUACGAUUUGCCUAUGGAAGUGGCUGGGCUGGUCGAGUCCGUGCCACCAGCCAUGACUGGCGGAUGGAUGACCAUGUUCAUGGCCGUGUUCAGUUACGUCGGCGAUGUUACAACGGUAAAUAUAAAUUAGGUAACCACCACGUGGUUAUCAUCAAUAUCCCAGUAUUUUGCCGUUUUUCUGAAGGGUCUCUGGCAGUUUUGUAGUUUUUUUUUUCUAGUAAGAUCUUAUAUAGUAAGACAGGUAGGUAGUAAAAAUUAUAUUAUUAUUUUUUUUUAACCGGAAUGUAUACAAUUUUAAUUUUCCCUGUAAAUAUUAAAUGUCAAAUAUUCAUUAAAUAUGACUACUAUACUUUUAAGCUUAAGAAUUAAGAUGGACGUGAGUUGAAGGAUACUAGCUAAUACUUAAACCUCAUAUAUACACAUAUCUGACGGAAAAAAAACCUUUCAAAUGUUUCUGUAGAAAAUAAGACUUUGUUUUGAUUUACAGGUCAAAAUGCGAACUCUACGAAUCGGCAUUGUGAACGUGUUCUGCUCGGUCGGUGUCCCGAUAGGAACUGCAUUGUCCGGCGUACUAUUCCGGGAACUCGGAUUUUAUGGCGUUUACACGAUAGCCACAGUGUUAUAUAUAUUCGCUUUCAUGUACGGGAUGGUUUUCAUCAAGGAAACUAAACCGGAGAUACCCAUCGAGAGCAAAGAAUUGCCGAAGGACACGUCAUGUUUGGAUUUUUUAAAGGACUUUUUCAGCCUAAGCCACAUUAAGGAAGCUGUUAGGGUAACAUUCAAAGAAGGACAGCACAACAGACGGCUAAGAAUUAUUUCUCUAAUGGUCGUUGUCAUUGUCGUAAUGGGCCCUCUACACGGUUCGUAAAUUGCAAAGAAAAACUUUUUCUGUUUUUUAUUAUCAAUCUGGCCUUUUUGACAUUUGUCAAUAAAAUGAAUUUUAAGUUAUUCGAAUCAAUAUUAAAUUUUAUUUUAGCAUUUGGAAAAAUGUAUAAUUAGGGUUCAGAUUUAAAGGAAAUAUAAACAAUAAAAAAAAAAUUUUUAAAUGUGAAAAAAGGCAAAUAAAAAAUGGACGCACGAAGGGUAGGCCACUGUUAUAGGUAAGGAGUUUGAAGAGAAGGAUAUAGACGAGAAUUUAAUCUAAAUACGCAACGAUAAACCAUUACUAACGAAAAAAUGAUUCCGAGUUAAAUUCGGUUAACAGGUACAUGUUUUGAAAGGCUGUCAUAUUUUAAAUGUUCAUCAAGAUUUGAUAUUAAAAAAGAACUUCAUAAAACUUAAUUUUGAUUUUUACCAUAAAAUAUGACAUUUGCAUUUUAUGCAUUUCUGUUUAGUUUAAAAAUUAUAUCCACAGAGUUGGUACCUACCGAAUAAAAAUUAUGUAAAAACUCUCAAAAUGGCUCAAAUGUUUUAAAAAUUUCACCUCAUCUAGAAAAAUCAAACUUAUAGUUUUCUGUCAAAGUUUCAAGUCUACGAAUAUUUUUUAUUGAAUUAAAUUUAAAUAAUAAAAUAAAUGUUUCCGUAAAUUUUCCUGUUUUUUCUCGAUUAUUACGAAAACCAAUUAGGAAAUCAAAAAUGACCUGUUCAAAGUACCAAUUAGAUAAAAUUUCCUAUUAGAAAAGGUACUACACUUGAUACACAGGAGUAAGACGUCUAGUAGAAAAGUUGUUCUCUGUGAAAAAUAAAAAAAUAAAUAAAUUAACACUAUUGUAAAAUCAACACAUUCCUCGCUACACUCUGAAUUUAAAAGCAUUUAAUUUAUUUAAAGAAGCAGUUAACAAAUUAACAAAACAAUUUAAUAGAUUUCGGUCAAUUUAAUUACUUUGCAUUUAAAAAAUGUACUACCACAUACUUAGACAAAUAUUGUCUUCUGAAAAAGGUUGAAGGUUAGGUUGUUAUUAUUAUGUUAAUAUUUUUGUACAUAGAGAACGAUAUUUCUACGUCCACCGAAGUUAUUCAUGCAUAAAUAAUUAUAUAUACAUUAUAUACAUCGUAUUUCAUGCGUAAAUAAUAAUAUAUACAUUAAAAUUACUAUUUUUAAAUCAUCAUUACUUUUUGUUUCUCCAGUUAAUAUUUGGUCUGUAUUUUCCUAUUCUUUGUUUUUCGAUGUUAUUUUGCUGAAUUUAUUCAUAAUAUCUACACUUUUCAACAAUAAUACACCUAAAACAGGAACAGCAUUUUUUAAUAUUACAUAAAUGUAAAAACAUAGAGGUUACAAAAGGUAGACAAAGGUACAACAAAGGUAGAAACUAAAAGGUAGAAAUUAUUUUUUACCUCUUUUAGCCACUCUUACACAUUUAGAAUCUUUUUCAAAUUCUUCAAUUGUAGAUUUCAGUUCAUUGAAAUGUGUACAAUAGUAUUUUACAGCAUUAAUCUAUGUACCCCAACAUGUAGUUAUUGGUCUUGGCAGAUAUGGAAAUCCUGGAUACUUUUUUUUCAGAAUAUAAAUAAUAUGGAUAAUAAAACCUAGUAAAACUAAUUUUAAACAUAAAAUCAAAAACACGUCAUCUUCACAAGCUCUUAUUGAUUUGUACCGUUAAAUUAUAUAAAACUAUUAGAUAAAUUGAUAGCUUUAUUCAUUAAACAUAAACCAAUUUAAAAAAACAAAAAAAAAAAUAUUUAGGUCAAAAAAUGCAUUUAUAGGUCAGGAAAGAGGUACAAAAUUCAAUUAUAUUUACACGUUAUGUUUGAAAUUAAAUAAAACACAUAUUUAUAUAAGAAUUAUAUAUUUUUAUUAUUAUCUAAAAAAAAAAAAAAUGAGCAUUUAUCUUUGAAUCCGAACCAUAUCCAUAUAAUAUCCAUGAUUAAUAUUGUUUUCUAUGUGAUAUUUUACUUGAAGAAGGCAUUAUUUUAAUCAGUACCUAUCUGAUAUGUCCGUGUUUUUUUUUUUUUUUGACAAUUUAUUUGAUUUUCGCAUUGUUUGAAUAAUUUGUUCAUUAUACAAAAAAUAAAAUUAUUAAAAUAUUAAUCUAACUGAAAUUUGUGUAAUUAUCUGGAGGUUAUUUUAAAGUCGUAGGUAUAUUUGCACAAUAAUGAUAUAAUAAUAUAAUUGUUGUAUGGUCGGUCUCUAUACCUAUAGUGAAUCGAAAAUUCCGUGGCGGGAGAAAGUGAGGAAACAAUGACGACAAACAGAAUUAAACAUUUACUAACAUAUAUAAUUAUUAUUUUAAUCACGAUGACCUUAGACUUCAUAUAUAUAUAUAUAUAAUAUUAUUAUUACUAUUACUAUAUUUAAAAUGACAACAAUAAAAUUUUUUUUUAUUAUUAUUAUUCUUUGACAAUAUUAUAUUCUAACGAAUCAAAAACCUUUUUGAAUGUUAAAAUACAGAUACAGGGUGUCGCACAAAGACUUAACCUUGCGUUGGCAUUUAAUAAUGAUGUAAACAAUGUUAAUAGCCUUUUUGGAAAAUUGUAUAAAAAAAUGAUUUUCAAAAAUGACGUAAUCCAAAUAAUUCUUAUAAAAUAUUCGUUUUUUUCUUCAGGCCCUUCGCCGCGACUAUUACUUUACUUCAUCUGUCUGUAUCAGUUGUUUAUUCUCAACAAGUUUAGGUCUUUGAGUACUAUGUUUAAUGCCUAUUCAGCCCCUAGUGGUCUUUGGGUUCCAUUUUAUUACUUCUAGGAAUUCGGAUUAAGUGUUCUUAUACCUAUCGGCGUAUGUCUAGCUCAUCCUUUUGCUUUUCUAUAUUGCCACUAUAUAUCUUCUUCUCCCUAGAUAUAUUUUAGAUCUUGGUUUUUCCUUCUAUCAUAUGCAUUAUGUUUUAGUAUUCUGAUGUUCCUUUGGUACGAAUAUUUGACGAAGGACUUUUUCCGCAGGAUUUACCAAACAUUGUACUUCUGAAUAAUAUUAUACGUGAAGAUUUCGUAGCUUGAAGUUAUUAUUAAUGUUCAAUUUCAGGCGAAAUGUCAGUGAUGUAUCUAUUUACACGUGUAAGAUUCAACUGGAACGAAGUAAAUUACAGUAUGUUCUCUACGUACUCUAUGAUCACAAAUCUUGUAGGUUCGUAAAAAUAUACGUAUCGGAGAAAGCGCUUUUCCGGGUCUAAUAUUAUAGUAAACUAUAAAUACUAUUGUAUUGAUAAUAUGCAUUUUACAGGUACGAUGUUUUCAGUCGGCGUUUUUAGUCACAUGUUACAAAUUGAUGAUGCCUUAAUCGGAGUGAUGUCAUGUAUGAGUAAAAUACUAGCCGGAUUCGUUUACGCGUUCGCUACCACCGAUUUUGUGUUUUACUUGGGUCAGUAUUUUCGUAUAUUAUAGUUAGUUUGCAGGGAUAUUAAAAAAACAAAAAUACGGACAUCCUUCGCACGUAGGUGCAGCUCCUUUUGUAGGUGGGAAGUUGGGAAGGUAGGAUACAGACGGGAAUUUAAUGUAUAUAUGUAAGCAACGAUAAACCAUUGCUAACCAUUGCAAACGAAAAAACGAUUUUGAGAGGAGUCCAGUUAAAAGUUUUGCUUUGUCAGCAAUAUAUACAUAUUAUGCCAUAUAAUGGUAAAAUUAUUAUCACAUUUAGCGUUUCCAUGACAACAAUGAUUACUUAAAAAAUAUUUAAAAUAACAAAAACUUAAUAAUAACAAAUAAUAAAUAAAAAAAGGUUGCCAAUUAUAACCUAAUUUUUAAUCUUUCAAUUUUUUUUUAACCUAAAGAACCAGGUUUUUCUCAUUAUCUCGAAAUUAAUUAGAAUUAUUUCAAAAAAUGACUACUCUAAAGUAUCACCCAGUGGACAUUUCUUUUCAGAAAAGAUACUAUACUUGGAAAUCGGAAUAAGGUUUUUUGACAGAAAAAGUGUUCACAUAAAAAAAAAACAAAAACUAUAUUUCCGUAGUGAUUUUUUUACUAUUUCGAUGGUAAUGAUGAUGUUUUUUUAUAGAUAUGAUAGAUAUGCUGCACACAAUAUAACAGUGAAUUUUUAUCCUACAUGUGUAAUUUUAAUUAAACAAUAAUUGGAAAACCAAACUAAAAUGUUUUCUAAUUACCUAAUAUUAAAAAAAAAACAAAAUAAAAUAGUAAAAUAAAAAUUAUAUUUACUCGUAUACUCUUACAGCACCACUUGUGGACAUAGUAAACGGCACAUCGUUUAUUGCUAUGAGAUCGAUUAUUUCCAAACUUGUCCCCCCAGACGAAUUAGGUAACUACGCAGUUUUUUCUUUCUAUAAAUUGUGUUGUUUUUAUCAGGCAGUUGUUAAAAUCAUGUUUCAGGCAAAGUUAAUUCUCUGUUCGGCGUUUGUGAAGCGUUGGUACCACUGAUUUAUGGGCCAAUGUACAGCGCCGUGUACAAGGCAACACUAAAAACGGUCCCAGGAGCGUUCUUCUUACUCGGAGGUGCGUUAACUGCACCCGCGGCUCUCAUAUUUCUGUAAGUUUUAUAGGACCGAUAAUAUGUAUAAUUAUGUUUUUGACUAAAAUAAUAAAAAUAAUUAUUGAUUAAAUGUUUAACAGAUGGAUGUACAGAGAACAUAAAAAAGAAGAGCGGGAAAAACAAGCAGCCGCGGCGAGGGACGAAGAAAAAAAGAAAUCGGGCGCAUUAGAAAAGAAGAUCAGCAGUUUGGACUUUAGAUUGUCGACACACGAUUUCGAUUUGAAAACCAUAUUGGAUAGAAGGACACAAACGCACAGGGGUUCGGGACACUUUUCGAGUCUAGGAUUAGACAACAUGGCAUUUCAAAUGGAAGAGGGAUCCGCGAGCAAAGGCAAAUAA